AUGGCUGCCGCGGAUGCAGCCGUCGCAGGCAGCAGCAAACCCGGAGGUAGCAGCGCUGCGGAACCCUCGAAUCUUGCCGGGAAAUCCGGGCGGUCGGAGCGCGAUCGCGUGUACGACAUUCCCUGGGUGGAGAAGUACCGGCCGCAGCGCGUGGAGGACAUAGUGGGCAACGAAGACGCGGUUUCGAGACUCUGCGUCAUCGCACGCGAUGGCAACAUGCCGAAUCUAAUCUUCGCAGGCCCUCCUGGGACGGGGAAAACCACGAGUGUGCUCGCCCUGGCGCAUGCACUGCUGGGCCCCAGUUACAGAGACGCAGUGUUGGAGUUGAACGCGUCUGACGACCGAGGCAUUGAUGUGGUUCGCAACAAGAUCAAGAUGUUCGCCCAGAAGAAAGUCACUCUGCCUCCCGGGCGGCACAAGAUCAUCUUAUUGGACGAGGCUGACAGCAUGACAGCAGGGGCACAGCAGGCCUUGAGACGAACCAUGGAGAUCUACUCUUCCACCACCAGAUUCGCCCUCGCAUGCAACGUGUCCUCCAAAAUCAUUGAGCCCAUUCAGAGCCGCUGCGCUGUCGUGCGAUUCUCUCGCCUCACAGACGCCCAAGUGCUGGCAAGACUGAUGCUGGUUGUUCAAGAGGAGAAGGUGGCGUACGUUCCAGAGGGGUUGGAGGCGAUUGUGUUCACAGCAGAUGGGGACAUGAGGCAGGGGCUGAACAACCUACAGGCCACUGCUACUGGUUUCGGGCUGGUAAACGCCGACAACGUGUUUCGGGUGUGCGACCAGCCUCACCCACUCAAGGUAGCAGCGACAGUCAAGGCAUGUCUAUCGGGUGACAUUGACACGGCAUGCGAGGGCAUCCGGGACCUCUUUGCUCUGGGCUACGCUGCUUCUGACAUCAUCACGACACUCUUCAGAAUAGUCAAGAACUACGACAUGCCAGAGUUUCUGAAGCUGGAGUUUAUCAGGGCGGCUGCCGCGCCUGCCAACGCGACAAAGUCGGGCAAUGCUACUAAAGUUGGUAACAGCGCCGUGGGAGUGACUACGGCGAGGCUGAGCAAGGGCGCGGGCGAAGGAAAGAACUCCACAUGCGCCUACUACGGAAACUACAACGCCAACCCUUACUUCGGCAAGGGACUCACCGCGAAGAUUCCUGACGCGCUCUUCGGCAAGCGAUGCGGCGCGUGCUUCAAGGUGAUCUGCAGCAACGACACUAAGCGCUGCCGCAGCGGCAAGGCCACCGUCACCGUCCGCGUCGUCGGCGCCACCAAGACGGAGGGGAAGCAGAUUUCGCUCUCCGCCGUCUCAUGGGCGAAAAUCGUGCAGGGUUCGGACGCCGCCCCCGUUAACAUCACGUACAAGCGCACCAACUGCCAGUCGACCGCUGGAUCGGCGGUGCGCGUGCGCAGCAACUCUACCGCGGAGAAUUUUAACAUUCAGAUGGUCGGCCUUGCCGGGCCCGGCACGCUUACCGAGGUAGAGCUUAGCGCGGACGGCAAGAAGUGGGUGAAGCUGACCCGCGACGACAACAGGGCGAUUUGGGGGAUCAAGGGCAAGGAGGCGAAGGAGGUUGUGGGCGCAAAGAAGGCGAUGAGCGUUCGCCUCACUGCGGGACACACCAAGGAGAAGAUCACCCUCGCGAAUGUCGUUCCCGCAGCCUGGAAGCCUCAAACGCUCUACUCGUCCAAGACCAACUUCAAGAAGCUCAUGGCUGAGGCCAAGUAG